CGGGAUAACGGAACCGAAAAAAAAGUACGACGCCACUGCUGCCGUCGCCACCAUAGCCGCCGGACCGGAACAUGGGACACUUGAGAAACAAACAGCGCCGGCACCAGCAGAAGGAAGCGGCACUCCGGCGCGAAGAACGACUACGGAAACAGCAGCUCGAUGAGGUGGACAUUAUGAAUUUGCCCCUGCGACUUGACAUCAAGAGGCGGCUAACGUCCCGCUCGGAUCGGGUCAAAUCGGUGGACCUGCACCCCACAGAACCAUGGAUGCUGUGCGCCCUCUACAACGGCCACGUGCACGUCAUGAACUACGAAAACCAACAGCUGGUCAAAGACUUCGAGGUGUGCGACAUCCCGGUCCGGUGCGCCCGCUUCGUAGCGCGCAAAAACUGGAUCAUCACCGGAUCGGACGACAUGCAGGUCCGCGUGUUCAACUACAACACCCUGGAGAAGGUCCACUCGUUCGAGGCACACACAGAUUACGUUCGGUGCAUUGCUGUGCACCCCACACAGCCCCUCAUUCUGACGAGCAGCGACGACAUGCUGAUCAAGCUGUGGAACUGGGAAAAGAUGUGGUCCAUGCAGCGGGUCUUCGAGGGCCACACCCACUACGUGAUGCAGAUCGUGUUCAACCCGAAGGACAACAACACAUUCGCCAGCGCUUCGCUGGAUCGUACGGUGAAGGUGUGGCAGUUGGGAUCGAAUGUUCCGAACUUUACGCUUGAGGGGCACGAGAAGGGUGUGAAUUGUGUGGAUUAUUAUCAUGGAGGUGAUAAGCCGUAUCUGAUCUCCGGAGCGGACGACCGACUGGUCAAGAUUUGGGACUAUCAGAACAAAACGUGCGUGCAGACGUUGGAGGGACAUGCACAGAAUGUGUCGGCGGUGUCGUUCCAUCCGGAGUUGCCGAUUGUGUUGACGGGGUCCGAGGAUGGGACUAUAAGGAUUUGGCAUUCCGGAACCUAUCGGUUGGAGACGUCGUUGAAUUAUGGGUUCGAGCGGGUGUGGACCAUUGCCUGCAUGCGAGGAACGAACAACGUGGCGCUUGGCUACGACGAGGGUUCCAUCAUCAUCAAGGUCGGCCGGGAGGAACCGGCCAUGUCGAUGGACGUCAACGGUGGCAAAAUCGUGUGGGCCCGCCACUCGGAAAUGCAACAGGUCAACCUGAAAGCCCUGCCCGAGGGUACAGAAAUCAAAGACGGCGAGCGGCUUCCGGUGGCCGUCAAGGACAUGGGAGCAUGCGAAAUCUAUCCCCAGACAAUCGCUCACAACCCCAACGGACGAUUCGUAGUCGUCUGCGGUGACGGCGAGUACAUCAUCUACACCUCGAUGGCCCUCCGGAACAAGGCGUUCGGUUCGGCCCAGGAAUUCGUGUGGGCCUCCGAAAACAGCGAGUACGCCGUCCGGGAAUCCAGCGGUACGGUGAAACUGUUCCGGAACUUUAAGGAACGGAAGAGCUUUACGCCGGACUACGGCGCUGAAGGAAUAUUCGGUGGUCAACUGUUGGCGAUCAAAACGUCAUCCGGGCUUUCGUUCUACGAUUGGGAGAAUCUCGAACUGAUCAGACGAAUUGAAGUUCAACCAAGACACGUAUUCUGGAACGAAGCCGGCACCCUGGUCUGCUUGGCCACCGAAGACUCGUACUUCAUCCUGCAGGUUGACAUCGGCAUGAUUCAGAACGCCCUGGCCACCAAGCAGCAGCUCAGCGAGGACGGAAUCGAGGAGGCAUUCGAAGUCCUGGGCGAGGUCAACGAAGCCGUCCGCACCGGUCUGUGGGUUGGCGAUUGCUUCAUCUACACCAACUCGGUCAACCGGAUCAACUACUACGUCGGCGGUGAGAUUGUGACCAUUUCCCACCUGGACCGCACCAUGUACUUGCUCGGUUACGUCCCGAAGGAUAAUCGCCUCUACCUCGGCGACAAGGAACUGAACGUGACCAGUUUCGCGCUCCUCCUCUCGGUCCUGGAAUACCAAACGGCCGUAAUGCGACGGGACUUCGAAACAGCCGACCGGGUCCUUCCCACCAUCCCCAAGGAACACCGCACCCGGGUGGCGCACUUCCUCGAGAAGCAAGGUUUCAAACAGCAAGCCCUUCAGGUUUCCACCGAUCCGGAGCACCGGUUCGAUCUGGCGCUGCAGAUUGGCGAUCUCGAUACGGCGCUGGUGCUGGCGCGGGAAUCCGACAGUCCGCAGAAGUGGUCCCAGCUGGCCAGCAUCGCCACCAGUAAGAACAAAUUCGACCUGGUCAAGGAGUGUCUGACGAAUGCUAAUGAUUUUGGCGGGCUGUUGCUGCUGGCGACCAGUUCCGGCGACGUCGACAUGCUGCGGAAUCUGGGCGAUAAUGGCGUCUCGCAGGGCAAAUUCAACAUCUCCUUCCUGUCGAUGUUCCUGCUGGGCGAUCUGGAAAAGUGCUUGGACAUUCUCAUCCAAACCAAUCGGAUACCGGAGGCGGCGUUCUUCGCUAGAACCUACCUACCGAACAAGGUGUCCUACGUACUGGACAUCUGGCGAACCGAGCUGGCCAAGAUCAACGAGAAGGCCGGCCAAAGUUUGGCCGACCCGCAGCAGUACGAGAAUCUGUUCCCUGGGUUCUACGAUGCGGUCAAGACGCAGCAGUUCCUGCUGCCGGAACGGUCCGCCAUGUUGCCGGCCCGAGCCGCCAUUGAUGUUCCACUUAACAUCGAUCGUGAUCCGGUGGCGGAAAUGAAGCAGGCCGAAAACGAAGGACGGUUCGAUUACGAUCCGAGUGCUAGCAGCAGUGCGGAAGGGGCGGCCACUGUCAGUGCGACGCAGAGUAAACCCACAUCCACCACCGUGAAGGACAGUUCUGCUGCGCCAGGAGGGCUUCCUCCCACAGAAAGUACCCCUGCCAGUCAGCUACCACCUCCCGCCUCCGCUGCCGUCGCCGCCGCCGCCGCCAACCCGAUCAAGCGAAAGAGCUCGCUCGAUGACUUCGAAUCGGAGAUCGAAGCCCUCAAUCUGGAUGAUAAUAUUGACACUUCGGAUGUAAAUAUAGACGACGAUCUGAUAAGUGAUUGAACAGAUGAGAAGAGCAAAGCCGGCAAUAUGAUGAGCGAAAGCGAGAAGGAGAGCAUGUUCUCCCUUGCUGAGAUCCCUUUUACUAGGCGAUAGGAGAGUAUAUAGAAGUUUAUUAUAAUUAAAGCUAAUGGAAGAACAUUAUGUUAAGAAAAGUAAACAAAAAAAGGAAAAUUAAGAAAAAGAAAAUGGAACCACUUUGUAAGAGUGGAAAUGUGAAAAACACAAAAAAAAUUUGUAAGAAGCAAUGGAUUCUUUCUGUCGGACCUAACUUUUUUUUUUGAAAGACAAUUAUUUUUCACUAAUAUCAAUCAGUUUCUCUUAUUACAUGUGCUGAUUUUCCUAGCAAAUUUUUAAAUUUCAAAUUCAUUCGCACUUUUCCAUUUUAUAACUUUGCGUAUUAUUCAUCCCUAAAAAUGAACUUUCUGUUGGAAACGUUCAUUUAUAGGGAUGUCCAAAACACCCCGUUUAAAAUAACACGACGAAAAUUUCGAAAUUACAAACAUUUUUUCUAGAAAACUAGAAGUUUUUUUUUCGCAAUGUUUUUGAAAUGAUUAUUUGAGAAAUAAUGGUCCUCAAACACAUAAAACGUAGUCGUUAAGUCUGACAGAAACGAUCCGUUGGUGGUGUGCGUGCGCAAACGCGCAUAGAACAAGUAUUUCAGAAUCUACAUCUGGUUCGUUGAUUUUUCCACAAAUGCUAUAGUGCGACGCGCCCUGUUGUGGUACAGGAGGCAUUUCUAGGUAAUGUUAUGUAAUUCCCCCUCCAUAAUUUUCCAAACCGUUCGCCGGAAGGUCUGAAGUAGCGACGCAGAACGCGUGAUCAAACCUUGUUUUGUCUGUGUGAGUGAGAUCGCGAAAAAAAAGAACGAGUGUGAUCGAUAAAACAAAAGCAAACCACUGAGAAUAAUGUUGAAACCUACUUUGUUUAAUUGCGCUGUCUUCUGGGAAUUAUUUCCGAUAUGUUAUAUCUAUACCUUAGUUACUUUAAUAGGAUACGAAUGUAUAUCUUCAACCUACUUACGAUCAUAAUAGUGGUUUCUGCUUUUAGUGGUGUUGCGUGUACGUACACGCUGCAUUACACGAACACCACCUGAGUUACUGGUUGAAAAAAGUAAACAAAGAUCAGCUGUUCCCAGCAAAAUCAAAUGGGCAUAUUUUCAACCAGUAGAUUUGCUUUAGUGUUCGUGACACCGUGCUGCGAAACCACUAUUAUUAUUGGCGAUAGUGUUCUUCUCUUUGUUGUACCUCUUGGUAUCUAUUGCACACAUCUCUUGGGACUUCACUAGCAAAGCAAAGCAGACAAAAUGAAUACCUAUAGUUUACUGAAGAGGAAGGCAAGAAGCGAAGGCGACGCUACCAAUAUAAGAAAAAUCAGUAUACUACGAA